UUUCGGAAAGUAUAAACACUCAGAAUCCCAAUUUCUGUGCCGUCGUUUUCCCUCUCUCUUCUGUAAACAUGGAGGAGCCUGCAACACAAGGCUUUCUCUACGAAACCCUACCGGCGCUCUCUCAUCCCACCCCCAAUCAAUCUCCGCUGCCCGAUGACCUCGAACCCUACUCCGUUUUCCGCAACGAGGUUACUCUCUCCACUCCCCAAUGCGCUCCGGUGGACACCGCCGCACCCGAUUUCUUCUCACUCGACGUUGGUGCCGACGAAGCCGAGCCAAAUUGGGCCUCACUGUCUCGUACCCUUGCAGCCGAGCCGACGACGCCGCUUCACCAAUACGAGCCGACGACGCCGGUUCUUGAAGUCGAGCCAAAGCUCGAGAGCGGGUGGUUUAGGGGCCAUAGUAAAUUCAAGAGCCCUAUGCUUCAGCUUCAUAAAGAAAUUGUGGACUUUUGUGAGUUUCUCUCUCCAACUCCAGAAGAACAAGAGGCACGCACUUCAGCAGUAGAACGUGUCUCUCAGGUUAUCAAAUAUAUAUGGCCUCGGUGCAAGGUUGAAGUUUUUGGGUCCUUCAAGACGGGUUUAUAUCUUCCUGCUAGUGAUAUUGAUGUUGUCAUUAUGAGGUCAGGCAUACCAACACCGCAGCAAGGAUUGCAGGCCCUUUCUAGGGCAUUGUCACAGAUGGGAUUGGCAAAAAAGAUACAGGUGAUUGGAAAGGCACGUAUUCCUAUUAUUAAGUUUGUAGAAAAAACAAGUGGCAUUGCCUUUGACAUAAGUUUUGAUAUAGAAAGCGGACCAAAAGCUGCUGACUUUAUCCAGGACGCGGUAUCUAAGUGGCCUCCUUUGCGACCAUUAUGUUUAAUCUUGAAAGUAUUUUUACAACAGAGAGAAUUAAAUGAGGUGUACUCUGGUGGACUAGGUUCUUACGCCCUCCUUACGAUGCUCAUGGCAAUGUUGCAUAGCCACAGAGAAUGUCAAGUUUCUUCAGAACAAAACUUGGGAGUUCUUUUGGUAAACUUCUUUGAUUUUUAUGGACGCAAAUUGAAUACUUCAGAUGUUGGUGUAUCGUGCAAAGGGGCAGGGACCUUUUUUAAAAAGAGUGUCAAAGGGUUCAUAACCAAAGGACGACCGUUUCUUAUUGCCAUCGAGGAUCCCCAGGCACCAGAGAAUGACGUUGGGAAGAACUCAUUUAACUAUUUUCAGAUUAGAUCAGCAUUUUCAAUGGCUUAUACUACAUUGACAAAUCCUAAGGUCAUCUUGUGCCUAGGCCCAAACAGGAGCAUUCUCGGUACCAUAAUUAGACCUGAUCCUACAUUGGUGGAACGCAAAGGAGGGCCCGGGCUAGUAGCUUUUGAUAGCUUACUUCCCGGAGCAGGGAAACCACUUCAGCUAGAGCAUGAUGGGCAGGAGUUUAUGUGCAAUUGGCAGUUAGAUGAUGAUGAUGAUCCCCUGCCGCGGGGCGAUGAUUCUGCUGGAGGCGGUAGUGGGCGAUCAUCAGGAAAGAAGAGGAAGGCUUCUUUUAAAGAGAAGUCAGGUAAGAAGGGAAAAGAAAAUGGUGAAGUGGGGAGGAGGGGUGUAGAAAAUGGCUCAAAGAAAGAGAAGACUAGGCGUGAUGAAAAUAGCUCAAGGAAAGAGAAGGGAAAAAUGAAGAAGAUUAGGAGACGGAGACAUUCCCAGGAUAAUGCCAAUUGAUUUGGUCGUCAUGGCAGUGGAUCUCCAUGGACUCUGUAGAACCCUUCACAUGCCUGUAACUUGCCAUGCUCUUGGAAGUGUCCGACUUUCUUUUCCGCUGUUAGUGGGUUCAGAUUAGCAUUGUAUUUCAUGGACCAAGAUGCUGCUGCCAUUAACUGAAAAUGGAAGUGCAGUGCUAAGUGGAGCCUCUGUUACAGCCUCUUUGUCAUCUGUGAUAAUACUGACUGCUCGUUUACCGCAUUUACAUGCAAUACAAGGCUUGUGUUGAGCUUA